AUGGUAGAGAAGGUCGAGACUUUGAUGGACGAGCUGCUUGAUCCUGAGGAUGUUUGGUGCCCUGAAAUCCUUCUCAAGCAGGAUAAAGACUCGGCCAUCAGAUUUUCGAAGACCAUGAAGGAGCUGGACCUGCGCUGGAAGAAGGACGAUCCUAUCAAGAUGUACCGGGACCUAAGGAUGCCGCAGUUCGAGAUCACCAAUAUCGUCGAUUCCAUCUGCCAGGAAUCCUUCCACAUCGGCAACUACAGCUGCCUAGUUGCAGAGUUCCACAUGCGUCGGUCGCUGGGCUUCCACCUGGUCCAGUCUUACCUGCCUACCAUCCUCACCGUGGCCAUCUCCUGGGUCAGCUUAUGGAUGGACAUCGGCUCUGCGCCAGGCCGAACUACACUCGGAGUCACCACGUUGCUCACCAUCUCGUCUAAAUCAUCAGAGAUCCAGGGCGACCUGCCGCAAGUCUCGUACGUCAAAGCCAUCGAUGUCUGGAUGGGUGCCUGUACAGCUUUCGUGUUUUGUGCUCUUCUGGAGUUCACCCUGGCCAACUACAUGUGGAGGAAGCCCCCUAAGGUGCCGGCGCCCAAAUCCAUGGACGGCCUUAGGAACAUCAAAGCACAGGAUCUAACCCACGACUGCAUGCCGACCAACACCUCCAGAAAGACUGCCAGCAAUGCUUCAACAGCAACGGCAAGGCUGAUCUCGACCAGGGCAUGGACCCCAAUCUCUUCGCCGUCCCGCAAAGGAACAUUACGGUUUGUUCUUAGCCUCUAUGGCCAUCGUCGGUCGAUGUCAACUGGACACGUGAGCGGACGAGUGCCUAUGGUAAAUGACCUAUCGCUGCUGGCGCCUCAUCUGCUCGCGAACGUUAGCACCAACUCCUCCAAGGAUCUCGCUCUCGCCAUUGACUCUCACUGCCGCGUCCUCUUCCCAUUCAACUGCAACGGGAUUCAAUCCAGUACAGUUGAACUGGCCACUUACCUCGCCGAGAACGACGUGGCGGUUGCUUGUCUCCAAGAGACCAAGCUAUCAGCAGCAUCACGCCCCCCUUCCUUCCCCGGAUACGCGCUGGAGCGCAGGGUCACCGCCCCGGAGGUCACGGCGGCGGUCUCCUCAUCCUGA